GUAUCUUCUAUUCUAUACUACACGCGGAAGGCACCAAAAAUUGGAAAUACCAGUGCUCGUUCCCUCAGAUACUGUGCGAGUGAUUUUACGAAGAGCUGUUGUUUUUGAGAAAUGGCGUUGCCGAAAGCCAAGGAGAUCGUUACGGCCAAUCCCGUUGUCGUUUUCAGCAAGACUUACUGUCCGUACUGUGCGAAAGUGAAGCAGCUGUUGACUCAAGUAGGGGCCACUUUCAAGGCUGUUGAGUUGGACUCUGAAAUUGAUGGAAGCGAGAUACAGUCAGCUCUGGGUGAGUGGACUGGACAGACGACUGUGCCCAAUGUGUUCAUAGGCGGGAACCACAUUGGUGGCUGUGACACAACUACAGCCAUGCACAAGGAGGGAAAGCUGGUUCCUGUGCUGACAGAAGCUGGAGCUGUUGCUAAUACUUCUGCUUAAAGAAAUUUAGUUAUGUGGGCUAUGAAUAAAAGUUUAAUAAGUGCCCAGUUUUAUGGCGUUCCUGUAUUAUCCGUCCAAUUUCUUCGCAAACUUAAACUGCAUAGAAUAAUGAUAGAAAAAUGCUACUCUGCCUCCCCAAA